CAACACCAUGAAUGUUCACGACCCUAUACAGUUGAGCCUCGACGCUGUCACCCGUCGUCUAGCUCGUCCUCACUUCUUGCAGCAUCUCACUCCCUCUAGACUUCCUAGCAGGGCUGCCUCCGACACUUCUCUAUCUCCAGGUGAAGCCCCACUUUCAGCACGGGGCUCCUUCGGCCAGCACUUCCCUCUCCAGCGUCCAUCUCAUCUCAACCACACUCUCGCAUCCUACCACAACGACAACGACAACGACACGGAUAUUGAAAAGGAGGUCGACAAUGAUCUCAAUGUUCCAGACCACUACGACCUACUCUCCAUUUUGAUCCAGGACCCCUCCCCAGACGGAAUUCCCACCACCGUCGAUCACCGCAUUGUCCAUUAUCUGCGUUCAAACUUCCUUGCUGCUCACCACGCCUACGCAAAAAUGGCUGCAGAGCGCUCCUUCCAGACCUUUUCCCAUGGUCACCAGGAUCUUGUCCUUGCUGUAGACUUCAACUACUUUGGAACUCGAAUGGUCACGGCAAGCUCGGAUCACCGUCUCAAAGUCUGGGACAAGAAGGAUGAUUCUUGGUCUUUGGUCGACAGCUGGAAAGCUCACGAUGCUGAGAUUGUUGAUGUCAAGUGGAAUGGCCCAUUCAUGGGCGAGGUGAUCGGAAGCAUUGGCGAAGAUGGCCGCUGCAAGUUAUGGCAAGAGGACGUUACCGAAGUACCACUCUCUGGAAGUCGCUUCAAAUUGAUCACAAACCUCGCAUCCCAAACAAAUGCACCAUUCAUGUCUUUGGAUUUCAAAAACAUCAUGCAAGAGACCUGGCUAGCUCUCAUCACACGUGACGGACGCCUGAGUGUCUAUGAACCCGUCGAUCAGAGCAGCCUUAAUGAGUGGACCAUAUUAUCUCACAGCUGGAUCUGCGAAGAAAAUCCCCCGGAGCGCCAAGAUGAAGUCGGCUUUAAGGUUGUCUUUCACAAAGAGAAGCUGCCUUGUUGGACAGCUGUUAUGGCUGGUCUGGACAGAAAAUCAUUAUCCCUCGCCGUAGCAGCGAUGAAAGAUGUCUAUGUCUAUAGGACGGACAAAGCCAAGCGGUUCUACCGCGUAGCAACGCUAAAGGGUUCACGACAGAUCAUUCGUGACUUGGCCUGGGCGAACGGCUCUAUGAGAGGUUACGACGUGAUUGCGACAGCCAGUAAGGAUGGUGCCAUUCGCAUCUACGAGCUCUCUACGCCACGUUCCGACAAGUCAUCUACCACCGGAACAUCUUCUACCUCCACUGUCACAGGAGCAAUUUCUUCCCCUCAAGCAAACAGGCCGCGCAAAAAUGCGCCGUCCGGCAUAGGCGCAGGUUUAGCAAGCGCUUCCACAGCAACCGAGCAUGCCCAGGAGAACGAGCAGUAUCCAGGUCACAUCAGGCAAGUGGUGAAACUUGUAGAUGAGCUCACCAACCACCACGGUGCAGUAUGGCGCGUUGCCUUCUCGCAAAUGGGCGACCUUUUGGUAUCGACUGGUGACGAUGCUUCGAUACGUACCUGGAAGAAAGCCGUGAACGGACAUUGGGCUGAGUAUUCCGAGAUCGAAACCGCCCACGACCGGUGAAAUGUAUGACCGUUUUGUAUGACGACAUGGGUGUUUAUUUGGAAGUGGAUGUUUGUGUAUUUGUUUAACGGCGUUCGGUUCUGGAAGAGGCCAUUAUGCCAAUUUCUCCCUGGCGUAGGGCCCUCAAUGCAUUAUAGAUACCCUCUGAGCAGUCUUGCAUUGGACUAUUAUCGGGUAGGCUAGUCGCUCGAUUUCAGGGCAAAUUUCACAAUAAAGCUAUCAUCUUGUUUAGCGGCUCUAAC